AUGGAUUAUACCGGGAGCAGCCGUGAUGCUCAACAUCUCUGCGUGCUCGUGCAUGGACUUUGGGGUAACCCAGUUCAUCUGGAAACAGUGGCGAAAUCUCUACGAGCGAAACACCCUGAGGAAUGUCUCCAUAUCUUGGUCGCAAAACGUAACAGCGGUAGCUUCACAUAUGAUGGGAUUGAGCUGGGUGGCGAGCGAGUGACCGCAGAGAUAGAGGAAGAAGUUGAGAAACUUGCGAGAGAGGGACAAGUAAUCACCAGAUUCUCUAUCGUUGGGUAUUCUUUAGGUGGCCUCGUGGCCCGUUACUCUGUUGGCUUACUUGAUAGCAAGGGGUUCUUCAAUAAGAUCAAGCCAGUGAAUAUUACAACUUUUGCUAGCCCUCAUCUUGGAGUGCGCACGCCUCUUAAAGGAUCUCUCAAUCAUGUUUGGAAUGUUCUGGGAGCAAGGACUCUAUCAACUUCCGGUCGACAGUUAUUUACGAUAGACAAGUUUAGAGACACAGGAAGACCAUUACUUGAAAUUCUUGCAGAUCCAGAAUCCAUUUUCCUAAAGGGACUGGCCAAAUUCGAGAGAAGGACUUUAUAUACAAACAUCAUCAACGAUAGAAGCGCCGUCUAUUAUACCACUGGAAUUGCAAGCACCGACCCAUUUACAAAUCCGGACAAAGUCAAGAUAAACUACGUGAAGGGUUACGAAGACGUUGUUCUAGACAGACACAAUCCAGUUUCUCCUUUAGACAAGGCGGAUAUAAAUGUCAGCACGCGCUUCAUGGCCAGUACACAAAAGACCUUGGGAAACCUUCCAUUAAUUGCCGCAAUGGUCAUAUUCAUCCCAUUCGGGGUCAUCGCAUUCCUCCUAAAUUCUGCUGUCCAAAGUAUCCGCAGCAGCAAGCGUAUUCGUCUUCACGAACAAGGUCUAGCCGGCAUUCAACCCAAUGACUAUCGAUUUCCUCUUCUUAUAAACGGUAUGCGCGAAGCCGUUGAAGAUGUUUACGAGAACCUCAAUGCUACCCAAAGUAACGAAUAUCUCAAUACGCCGUCAGAAUCGGACUCUGAAGAGGCAUCUGCUUCGUCUCCUUUGAUUAGAGAGCGGACCAAAUCCUUCCAUAGCGAAAUUCCCGAUCCAGAAAAAUCCGAUGCAACUAAUCCUACCUUGGCAUUAGCACCAUAUCAAUUCAAAAUGAUAGAAGCGUUGGAUAAAAUAGGUUGGCGAAAGUAUCCGGUUUUCAUUCAUAAGGUUAUGCACAGUCAUGCAGCUAUCAUUGUUAGGGUUGACAAACCAAGUUUUGAUGAAGGAAGAAUUGUGCUGAAGCACUGGUUGAACGAGGAGUUUAUUUUGUGA